UAUAUAUGUUUGGCUCACCCUCUAGGAUCCAGUUCAGUGUAACCGAAAUAAGUAAUAUUCAGGCCAUUAGGAGUUAAAAUUGAAAAAUUUUUCUUAAAGAAACUAAUUGUUUAGACCAUCAACCUUAUAUAACAAAUAUGGGACAGAAGCCCCACCCAAGUCAUCUUUCCCCAUUUCUGUUCACCAAGUAAAUGACUGACCAAACUUUUUACUACUAUUAGAGCUUUGUGACUGCCACCGCAGUGCAUGGUUAUUCACACUGGUUGGCACUAGUUUGGAUUGGAUAUUGUAAAGGGUGGAGAUGUGGAAGGAAUCAGUGGGGUAAGGUAUACCUGGAUGAGUGGAGGCUUUUAUACCCACAACAGCUCCUACCUCUCAGGUGCAGCCAGGUGCUCUGAUGACUACAUACUCUGGUCAUCAAAGGUCAUGGUCAUCAUUUUCAUUUCUGUAAGAGGGAAAACAGGCACAGCGUAGGAACCAAGGAGGGUGGAUUGUCACACUUAACACAUCAAAUUCCCGCUCACUUCAGAGAGAGGCAAACAUCUUCUGUGGCCUCCAACAGGAAAAAACCGGCCCCAUCCAACCUACAGUAUCUGGCCUUCUCUCAGUGUGCAUGUCGUGGACAUCUAGUGACCAGGUGCCACUAGUUACAUAUUUAUCAAUGUGACGUUGCAGAGAAAUCAUUGUAGUUUGGUUGGAUCAGGGUACAAUUGGCUGGGCACUGUCCACCCAUCAUUGUGACUUUUUAGGAAAAGCCUUAACCAAGGGAAGCAAAGCGAAAGGAGAAGGAUUGUGCGCCUUCUGUACCUACUCAACAUGUACAAAGUAGUAUCCUGUCUAAGUGUCCGCUGUGCAAUUCUCGCAGGACAGUCCAGCUGUUCACCUGGUUUGGCCAAAUUUCACCUGGGAAGUGGUGCAGUAUGUCAGAAAUCCGCCUUCAAAUACCGUCCCACAGACCUCCCAGAGAUGCCCCCAUGCAAUGUCAAACCAGAGGAAUACAAGGGUAUGUCGAAAGAGCGGAUGAUGGAGAUCCGCAGGCAGAACUGCAACCCCAUGAGCAUGAAGAUUACCUACUUUAAGAGACCAAUGUUCAUCCACCAGGGAUACAUGCAGUGGCUUUGGGAUGUAGAUGGGAAACGUUAUCUGGAUCUGUUUGCCGGUGUAGCAACUGUCAGUGUGGGCCACUGCCACCCGAGGGUGACAGCAGCUGCAGAGCAGCAGUUGAAGAGACUGUGGCAUACUACUAACAUUUACGUCCAUCCUCCUCUCCAUGAGUAUUGUGAAAAACUAGCUUCCUACUUACCGGAUCCACUUAAGGUGAUAUACCUGACCAACAGCGGCUCAGAAGCCAAUGACCUGGCUAUGUUGAUGGCUCGACUCCACACAGGCAACUUUGAUAUCAUCACUUUCAGAGGAUCAUACCACGGCGGCACCCAACAGACCAUGGGUCUUACCUCCAACUCACCAUAUAAAUAUCCCAUUGCCACUGGUUCUGGCUGCACAAAUACCGUGUGUCCUGAUGUGUUCAGAGGUCCGUGGGGAGGAAGCCACUGCAGGGACUCUCCUGUGCAGACUACCAGAGAGUGUAGCUGCUCCCAAGGUCAUUGCAUGGCAAAUGAACAAUACAUCGGACAGCUCAAAGAGACGUUUGCUACCAGUGUCCCAAGUCGAAUUGCUGCUUUCUUUGCAGAACCUAUUCAGGGCAUGGGAGGAGCUGUGCAAUACCCUAAAAACUACCUCAAGGAGGCUUAUAAACUUGUGAGAGAGAGAGGAGGGAUCUGCAUUGCUGAUGAGGUGCAGACUGGAUUUGGGCGAACAGGAAGCCACUUCUGGGGUUUCCAAGGUUAUGGCAUCCUUCCUGAUAUGGUAACAAUGGCGAAGGGAAUUGGUAAUGGAUUCCCAAUGGGAGCUGUUGUUACAACACCAGAAAUUGCAGCUUCCUUUGUUAAGGCCUUCCACUUCAACACCUUUGGAGGAAGUCCCUUGGCUUGUGCUGUUGCUUCAUCAGUGCUCGAUACUAUCAAAGAGGACGGCACGCAGCAGAACAGUCUUCAUGUGGGCACCUAUCUGAUGACAGAACUGGCAAAACUCAGAGACAAGUAUGAGAUUAUCGGUGAUGUCCGUGGAAAAGGCCUGCAGAUCGGUGUGGAAAUGGUCAAAGACAAGGUCAGCAGAGACCCACUGUCUCCGGAGGCAAUGAGUGAGAUCUUUGAGGACAUAAAGGACAUGGGAGUCCUGAUAGGGAAAGGAGGAGUGUACGGACAGACCUUCCGCAUCCAACCCCCCAUGUGCAUCACAAAGGAGGAUGUAGAUUUCUUCCUGGCCGUUUUUAACAAGGCCAUACACAGCUACAUGGAUAGAAAAUGAGCAGGCCGAUGGGGUAACUCAAUGCCAAGUACCAAACCUGGAGACCUACUUAGCAAAUGUGUACUGCAAGUUUGUAAAUCUUUUAAAAUGUCACAAAUGUACUUAUAAUUUUGCUCUGUUGUGGAAAGCAUCAAUAUGGAUUGAUGGACAAUAUUAUAGUCAGUCUGCAGCUGAACACUGAUACUAAUAUAAUACUACAUGAAUGAAAUAACUACCUAUACUUAAUAAACUAUUUGUGCUUUUAAAUAUUUGCUUUAAAAUGUGCAAUUUUGAUUUUGUCUUUCCAAUAAAAACAGCAUAUAAACAGACAUAUUGAAGGGACAUACAACAAACAGCAGUUUAUCGUUAAACAUGGUUAUUAGAGGCAUUAAUGUAAAUCAUUCCAGAGUUGUUGUAUAAAUACCAACAUGCAGUAUCACCUUUAUUUUUAUGAUGCAGUAAUACCACUACAGAGCUAUUCAUGAAAAACAAAGACAGACGGUUCUUAAAACAGUGAAGUAUCUGAUGAUGGGGAUGAAUGUGUAUCUUAGGCACAGACUGUGGUUUUUUUCCACCGGUUUAUCAGUGCAGCGUUUCAUAAAUUACUGUGAAAGGUACUGAAAAACUGCACAGAGAGUUUCAAUCAUUCCAAUCUGGAAGAUUCAGUCUU